UCUCUCGUCCACCCAGCCCACGGUAUUACAAAACGCCACAAUAAUUCUCGCUUUCACCUUCCACGAAUCAAGAUCCAAUCUCUCUCUCUCAAAAGAAAGAAAUAACCAGCUGUGGUAGAGUUUGUGGUGUUUGCAGGCGGUGGUGGUGGCGGUGGUUGUGGAUGGCAAGGGCCAACAAGUAUUCCUCCGUUAACUUUAACCAUGUCUAUGAUAAAAACUUAACCAACAACGGUACCCCUAAUACCGCUAACAAUACAACAAAACAGCCGUCUUCUUCUUCUUCAUCUGCUCUGUAUUCUGCAAUAUCUUCUCCCAAUACUUACAAAAACCAUCUUUCGUCUUCCCGCUCCCAUGGCCGUAUGCUGGUUCUGACCCGUCCCUCUCCCAAACCCGUUUCUUCCGUUGCUACCCAGCCCACUGUUUCACCUUCUCCGCAAAUCCCAUCGACCCAACAACCUCAAGUGCCUAAUUCGGAUCAAGCGCGGUCUGAACCGGAAACCGACCAGAUUUCUCUCCGUCCCUUGGGUCGAACGGGGGCUGCUCCGUGUGUUUCUUCUCCGGUGCUGGUACCGGAGAGGGAGAAGGAGGUAGCGCCCUUGGUGGGAUCCCCAAAGCCAGACAAGUUCGUGCCGCCGCAUCUCAGACCAGGUUUUGUUGGGAGGGAGGAGAGGCCUGGUCCAGAGGUUUUUAGGGGGAAGGAGGCGAUUCAGAGGCCACAUCCACCGCAGCAACAAGAUUAUUUUGUGUCUGCGGGUGAGUAUGGACGGCCUAAAUCUGGCGGUUAUGAGAGGAUGAAGAGAGGCGGCGAGUCAGAUCUGGGUUUGAUGAAUCGUCCCAGAUCCAGUGGGAACCGCCCCAAUUCAAGUGGAUGAGGUUCAUAUGAAGUAGUUUAACUCAUGGAAGAUAGGAUCAUACCUGGUGGUACCUUUUGAGUUUCUUAACCCUGUCGAUAGAAUUCACAUUGAAAUGAUGUAAAGCUAAAGGAUCUGGGACCUGCAUCAUUGGCUCAGGUAUUCAAUAUUUGUAGCUGUUUAAAGAAGACAUCAAGGUGCCUGCAGAAUGUAGAAUUUACUUGUGUGAUUUUUUUUCCCUGUUUAAUUAGUUUUUUUUAAUAUGAAUUUUGAAGGUGAGCAUAUACCUCGUCUAUAUUUAUUUUCCUCUAAUGUACUCGAAAAACUUUUGUUUUGUAAGACGUUCUCAUUUUGUUGUUCA